AUGACGAAUCACAUAUUGCUUCUGGCGACAUUUCUUUUUCUAUUAGGUCCUGUACUCUCAAAUUCAACGAAGAAAGAAAAAAAAGACGACGCUGUAAAGCCACAUCAUUCAAAACACCAUACAAAAUCUGGUAAUUCGUCAGCCGAUGAAGUUGAAGAAAUAGCGGACGAAGGCUGGAACUAUGAGAACACCACCACGGUUGACGCUAGAAGAAUCCUCUUCAGUAAAAGAACAGAAAAGGGGAAAAGACCUUAUAUGGUAUAUCUCCAACUGACAAAAGAAUCUGCCAAAGCCCACAAGUACCGCGGCUGGUUAUGCGGAGGUGUCAUCGUGGAUCCCUACUACGUGCUGACAUCAGCUGCCUGCGUUGAAGAUGCUGAUCGGUUCUACAUCGUCUCUGGCACCACCAAAUUCGUUGACAGCUUCGAUUAUAAGAACGACGAGUGCGUUUGCAAGCAUCGGCGUAAAGUUGUCUGGAAAUGUAUCCCUAAAAACUACAAAUUCGACUUCCAAGAUAGUAUAAAAUGGUCCUCCAACGAUAUCGCUAUAGUAAAAGUAGAUAAAGCCUUCAAAUUCGGUGUUCAGGAGAAGGGAUGCGAGUUCGGCACUGAUCUCAUUAUGUAUAACAACAUCAGUAGGGAAAUGGAAAAACCUGGUACUAAAGGCUGGAUCGCUGGAUGGGGUAGCGGUAAUAAUUUCAGAGAGGGCGUAUAUCGUCGUCAAAAAGAAUCGGGAACAGCGCACAUUCCCAAAAACAGCAAAUGCCUACAAGAAGCCAAAGUAUGCGUUAUGGACAACGAGCAGUGUGCCAAGAAAUGGGCUCAGAGGUUCAGGGAGAUUAUCACUCAAUACAUGAUCUGCACCAAAGAUGUGAUGAAGAGGCUCAGCGAAGUGUGUGACAAAAGAUACGCCAACUGCACUGAUGUCGAGUCAAGACGUCAAACGGAUGUUGAAGUUCCGACUAAAACUAUCAACGUGGACUUGGGAAGACAUUUGAGGGACCCUGAUGACUACACAGCAAGGAGAUCGUCGAUGCAAGGAGGAUUUUGUGAGAAUGACCACGGUGGUCCUUUGAUCGUAAGAUAUCAGGGCAAAGAACGAGUAAUUGGAGUUAUAUCGGCUUGUAAGAUUGACCCCAAGAGUCACAGUUGUCACGGACCUUUCUUGUACACUUCAAUCUAUAGGAAUCGACAAUUUAUAUCAUGUGCUAUCCACAAAGACGUUGAAGAGAAUUGCAGAAGGGUAUUCCGAUCUGGUAUCACGCAUGAAGAAUGGUCGGUCAGCUGGGAUAAUGCAGAAUGUGCUAAACUAACUUUAUAUUGCAGCGACGAUGACGAUGACGGUAUGGGAGACAAUAGAGACGAGAAACCAGCAGGAGGUGACGAGAAGUCUUCAGAUGAAAGUGGCUCAAAAGAAGUUUUGAGACAACUCAGCGAUGACAAAAAGAAGACAGAAAAGAAAAAAGAAAAAGCAUCAAAGGAAAAAGAAGAAGCUGAGUCUGGUUCAGAGGCCGAAGAAGAGAAAGCAACAACAGAAAAACCGAAGAAAGAGGAGAAAAAACACGAUUCAGAAAAAGCAGAGAAACACAAGAAAAAGUCAAAAUCUAAGAAACACAAGCCCAGGUCGGAAGAUAAGCCUGAAGCUAAGUCUAAAGAAGCAAGCAGUCCUAAAGCUAAGUCUAAAGAAUCUUCAGAAGAGAUCCAAGUGAGAGGUCAGGUGAAAGACCCCGCGACCUACGAGUCCAGUCAUGACGAUAAUGUUAAUGAUCCAGAUAACGAAUAG